AAUCAGGCGGCUAACAUUGAAACAAACACCCUAAGCUAAACCUUUUUAAUGUUUGUACCAAAAAGAAUCCUUAGAUCUAUAUCGUCACCUGUUCUUCAAGUACUCUUUUUUUCCUUCUAACCAAGCAACCCUGCCUUUGUCUUUCUCUCUCGAAACUUCCCAUUUCCUUUUCUUUCCUGUACUUCACGCCCCAACUCUUAACUUUCUCUUGUUUUCUUACAUUUUCCUCACCUUUCCUGGAAAAUUUUCCAAACCACCCAGAAUUUUUCAGAUUUGUUUUGUGUUUGCCGUACAAAUGGAGAACAAAAAAAGUAACGUCGAGUUGAUGUUUAACCAGGGUUUGCUAACGUGCGCAUGGGGAACCCUACUAACUCUACUCGCCUCCUCAGCUACGCUUCAAGCUCAGCUCUUUUCCCCUCAAGUUCUUCUUAAGCUGUUAAUAGCAACCAAAGGUGAAAACCAAGAAAGUUAUUUGGGUGGACAUGAAUCUGAAGCAGUUGAUGCAGAGGGAGAUGGAGAUGAAGACAAUGAUAAAGAUGAUGAUGAUGAUGAUGGUGGAUAUGGAGAAGGUGAUGAGGACCCUUCUGAUGAAGAUGGAGGAGCUGAUCAUGGGAACAAUCCCAAUGACGCUAAUGGCAACUCCAAGAAGGGAACUGAAGAAGGAGGAAAUGGAGAUGGGGAAGAAGAUGGAGAAGAGGAAGAAGAGGAAAAUGGCAAUGAUAAUGGCGGUGAUGAUGAUCAGCCGGACGAGGGUGACAAUGAUGAGGAAGACAACGAAGGUGGCGAUGAGGAGGAGAAAGGAAUUGGAGCAGAAGAAGAGCCUGAAGAUGAAGAAGAUGAAGAAGAGCCUGUUCAGCCGCUAAAGAAGAGGAAGAAGUAAUUAAUUAUAGAAUUUUGAGAGCUCUCUUUUUUUUUUUUGUUGGUUCAAUAAUGCAAACCGAGUUUUUUAAUCACAGUUUUAUGUAAUUUAAAUUGUGACGGAGAACAGUUAAUGAUUUCAAUUUUAGUUCUAUGCAUGUUUAGGGAAAUUUGAAACCUUUUUAUUAUAGUUUCGUGUUA